AUGGGAAGAGCUCCAUGCUGUGACAAAGCCAACGUGAAGAAAGGGCCAUGGUCGCCCGAAGAAGAUGCUAAGCUGAAGUCCUAUAUUGAGCAGCAUGGAACUGGAGGCAACUGGAUUGCUUUGCCUCAGAAAAUCGGCCUCAAGAGAUGCGGAAAGAGCUGUCGCCUUCGAUGGCUCAACUACCUUCGUCCCAACAUUAAGCACGGAGGAUUCUCUGAAGAAGAAGACAACAUCAUAUGCAGCCUCUAUAUUAGUAUUGGAAGCAGGUGGUCAAUUAUUGCUGCACAAUUACCUGGAAGAACUGAUAAUGACAUAAAGAACUACUGGAACACAAGGCUGAAGAAGAAGCUCCUUGGGAAGCAGCGAAAGGAUCAACAUGCUCGAAAAAGUGCCAGCCAAAAGCAAGAAAUGCUGCGAAAGGGGAUGAGGGAAAAUAUUAAUCAUAUGGUUUCUUCUUCUUCCUCUGAUUAUAACAGUAACCAAAGUCCCUAUUGGCCUGAGCUGCCUGUACUGCCUCCAGUACCCUACUCAAACGAAGAACCACGCUUUAAUGACCACGCUUCUAUUAGAAAGUUGUUGAUAAAACUUGGAGGAAGGUUUUCUGACGAUGAUGAUCAACCAACAAAUGGCACCAUGAAUACCAAUCUUCAGUAUCCUUUGGAUAGUACCAAUUCGUUGGUGCAAGUUCAACCACUUUAUGAUCAGCAGAUUAAUAUGCUAUCUUCUGCCCCCCUGGAUGUCUUGAAUACAACUUCAUCUUUGCCAGAAACGCUAUACACCAUUGAUGCAGCAGAUUUGUCAACUUUACAAGGACAAAACAGCUUUCAAGCUGGGCUCGAGCAAAUGAUCUGUAACAAUCCUCAGAGAUUAGAUGGUCUUGAGUUCUUAUGCGGAGAUAUUUUGAUCAAUCAUAGGACCGGGAAUACUUGUGGAGGGAGUUCAGAUUGGGGGGAGAUGAAUUCUCUGGUACUUCCUGCUGUUGCUUCCGGCUAUGAGGGUCUUCAACAAGGGACGCUGCAAGAAUGUGCAAUUGAUCAAUUGAGGUACCUUGGACCAUGA